AUGUCGAAGAGAACACGCGAAGAAGGCCCGACGCAUGAGCUGCAAGGUCGGCCAGGGUCUAGCAAGCGCCCUCAUGUCGAUGGCCCGCCCAAAGAUGACAUCGAACCCCUCAAUGUCAUGCUCGCGCAUGCCAACAAACUGGUCAAGAGGAUCGAGGAUUUGAGAAGCGCGUUGCAGGCAGGAGACUCAAGUUCUGAUAUUCGGCGACGAGAGAAACUCACAACGAAAUUACAAGGCACGUGCCAAGACGUUCUGCCUUCCAUUAAGGCCUUCGCUGGAGAAAAGGUCGCCUCAGCAGACGCCGCGCCAGAGGCUUCGAAAGAAAAUCAAUCUAGUAACACGCAUGCUGACGACGGGACAAUUCACCCGCCAAAGCCAUCUACUUCUGCGCCGGCGUGCUCACCUAUCCCCUCGCCCCUCAUUCUGUCAGCCUUUGCUACCGAGGAGAUUGCAAGUUCCUUGCCGCCGUUGCCGGCCAUCUGCGACCCCAAGCUUGAGACUGCGGUUUUCACACACUACACCGUUGGACCUGGCCUGAAUUAUGAGCGCCUCGAGUGGCUUGGUGACGCAUAUGCUGAAAUCAUCUCGUCAUCCCUGCUGUUCCGUACUUUCGGAGGCUUCUCAUCUGGAAAAUUGUCUCAAUUGCGGGAGCUUCUCAUUUGUAAUGCGAACCUCGGACAGUACUCAGCUCAGUACGGCCUCGUCGAUCGCGUCAGGGCGCCAGAGGAAGUCAAAGCGUCCAAGGAGAAGUGGAAGAAGGUUCCCGGGGAUGUUUUUGAAUCAUAUGUCGCAGCUGUCAUCCUCUCAGACCCAGAAAACGGGCUGCAACGCGCCGGGGAGUGGCUGAAGGCUCUGUUCAGCAUGACGAUCAAGCACCAGAUCUCGACCAUCUCAAACAAGCCCGAACAUAGAGCUGUUCUGGAAAUGGGCGACCAGUCUCUUCUUCCGGAUAAGGUCCUAAAUGCGAAGGUUCGGUUGGGCCAACUGAUCGGCGCAAAGGGCAUCAGCCUCCGAUAUGAAGAUGACACCAGCGGUCCCAAGUUCGAUAAGUUCAACAAGCGCCUGACUGUCCAUGGUGUAAAUCUGUACCUUGAUGGCUGGGGUGAGAAGAACAAGUGGCUUGGAAAAGGCACAGACAUCAACAAGAAGGAAGCUGGGCAAAAGGCGGCGCAGAUGGCUCUUGACAACAAGGCCAUGAUCAAAAAGUACAGCGAGAAGAAGCAAGCGUUGCAAGCUGCGAAGGCCGCAGCUGGCGAGGAUGAUGACGAUCAAGAGCCAUAG